ACAGUGACAAACUUCUCCAGUUUGUUUUGUUCCUAUUGUUUAUGUUUAUAUCAGAAAAUAAUUUAUACAAAAACAUAAAUAGCGGCAUGUUUAAGUUAUUAAUGCAUUUAUUCAUUUGAAUAAUUUCAUGGAUUACCUCAGAUAAAAUUGUGCAUUUUGAAAACCCAAAAUGCCAUUAAACUUGUUCCUCAGUGACUCCCAGCAGACCCUAGAGGAGCCUUCAUUAAGUAGGGAUUUGUUGGAAAUGAGCAACGAAACGAUGAUUUUCCAACAAAACGACUUGUUCCCCUCGGCUUUUCCCCUAAUGGCGGAUAUUAGACGUCAGGGAAAACUUUGUGAUGUUAUUUUAAAGGUUGAAGGGCAACAAUUUAGUGCUCAUAAAUUAGUACUAGCCUCAACAAUUCCUUACUUUCAUGCCAUGUUUAUGAAUGAUAUGGUCGAGGCUAGAAAUAAGGAGAUUGAAAUCAAAUGCAUUGAUGUGGUGGCACUGGAAGCAUUAGUGAAUUUCGCUUAUACAGGCAAAGUUGUGUUGGAUAUGAACAAUGUCCAAAGCAUAAUGAUUGGGGCAUCAUUUUUUCAGAUAAGUAAAGUUCGGGAUGCUUGUGCCACCUAUUUAUUGCAAAGGAUUCAUCCUCAAAAUGCACUAGGAUUUCGCAGUUUUGCUGAACAACUGGGUUCAUCAACUUUAAAAGACUCUGCAGAAAAAUAUAUCGAAUGGUAUUUUUCAGAAGUUUCACAACAUGAGGAAUAUUUAAAUUUAACUUUUAUGGAAGUUAAGGCAUUAUUGGGUAAAAAUGAUCUCAGAGUGGACAAUGAAGAACAAGUGUUUGAGGCAUGUAUGAGGUGGAUUAAACAUGAUACAGAGACUAGAAAGGAAUAUUUACCAGAGUUAUUAUCUUUAGUAAGAAUACCUUUAUUAUCUCCCAUGUAUAUUACUGAUAGAGUAAGGAAUGAGGAACAAAUUAGAUAUUCAAUACAAUGCAGAGAUUUAAUAGACGAGGCAUUAACAUUUCACUUGUUACCUGAGCGUAGAGCCUUAAUUCAAUCGUUUCGCACUGAACCUCGUGUGUGCGAUAUAAAAGGGUAUAUUUAUGUUGUCGGUGGACUCAAUAGGCAUGGAGAGUCACUUUCUACAGUAGAAUUUUAUGAUCCAAAUACAAAAAAAUGGACGUUAGGCCCUUCAAUGUCCACCAUGCGAUCUCGUCUUGGAGUUGCAGUAAUUAAACAUAAAUUAUAUGCUUUUGGGGGUUAUAAUGGUCGCGACAGAUUGUCCAGCGUUGAGGUGUUUGAUGCUCGAGAAAAGAAAUGGAGCACUCUUACCCCCAUGAACUGUAAAAGAAGUGCGCUAGGCGCCACUUCCCUUGGAGAUAUUAUUUAUGUAUGUGGGGGCUACGAUGGGGUUACCUCCUUAAACUCGGUGGAAAGUUAUCAUCCCAGCACUAACUCUUGGUGCUCGUUGGCCCCGAUGAGUAAAUCGAGGAGUGCCGGAGCGAUUAUUGCUUGUCAAGGGUACAUAUUCGCCUUGGGUGGUCAUGACGGCCUUACUAUUUUUGAUGACGUCGAAAAAUAUAAUCCGGCGACUAAUACGUGGGUGGAGGCGCCGUCUAUGCUCUCUAAAAGGUGUCGUUUGGGUGUGGCCAUGUUGGGUGGUAAAUUAUAUGCCUGCGGUGGAUACGAUGGCAGUUCAUUUUCUCAAACGGUCGAAGUUUUUUGUCCGAGAACUAACAAAUGGAGUUACGUGGCUCCAAUGAACGCUCCACGAAGUAGGGUCGCACUUACUGCAAAUAUGGGGAAAUUAUGGGCGGUCGGAGGCUACGACGGCAUGUCCAAUUUGGUCACCGUUGAAGUUUACGACCCACAAAAAAAUAAAUGGGAAUAUGCCUCUGAUAUGAUUGCCCACGAGGGCGGCGUCGGACUCGGGGUCAUUUCGAUCCCAUAAAUUAUUGCAUUUUUUUUAGAAUAAUUUAAUGUACUUGUUUUAGUUUAUUUAAUAUUGAUGCCAUCUAGUGCUAAUUUACGGCACUUAUUCCUAAAUAUUGGUUGUUUUAACGUGUAAACUGAUGAGAUAUUUUAGAAAAUAUAAUUACUAUUAUGCUAUGGA